AUGGAUGUGGCUGAGAGCCCUGAACGGGGUCCACACUCUCCAGAGGAAGAAGAGGAACGGCAGCAGGGGCUCUCAGAUGAUGACAUUUUGCGGGAGAGCGGGUCUGAGCAGGAUGUGGACGGAGCUGGGGGGAGGGCGUCUGACGUGGAGGACGAGAGCCUUGCUGCCCGGGGACUGAGCCGGGAGGAGGAAGACCACUCCGACGAGGAGGGCCCAAUCAGUGAGCCCCGGUCUCAGGAUGUGGACUCCGAGGCUAAUGAGCUGAGCGGGGGCCCCACGAGCCCCCCAUGCGAAGAGAGGGGCAGGGGAGAGGAGGAGCGGACCAGUGACCUUGGGGACGAGGCAUCUUCUGUCACCCGGGAGCUGGACGAACAUGAACUUGAUUAUGAUGAGGAGGUCCCCGAGGAGCCCGCACCCGCUGCUCCUGAGGACGGGCUGGAGCGGGCGGGGGCCGAGCGUGACGAAGAGAAGGGGGACGGGGCCCCAGAGGAGGAGGACACGGCGGGCACUGAGACCUUGGAAGGGAAGGAACCCCUGGAGGCUGCAAAGGAAAAAAAAAAAGAGGAUGAUGACGGGGAGAUUGACGACGGGGAGAUUGACGAUGAUGACCUGGAAGAAGGCGAGGUCAAAGACCCUAGUGACAGGAAGGUGAGGCCUCGUCCCACCUGCCGCUUCUUCAUGAAAGGGAACUGCACGUGGGGUAUGAACUGCAGGUUCAUCCACCCUGGUGUCAACGACAAGGGAAACUACUCCCUGAUCAGCAAAGCCGAGCCCUUCCCGCCGAACGGAGCCCCGCCGCUCGGACCACACCCGCUGCUGCCCACCAACCCCUGGGGGGGGCCAGUAGUCGAUGAAAUUUUGCCUCCGCCCCCUCCAGAACCACCGACAGAGAGCGCCUGGGAGCGAGGACUGCGGCAUGCAAAGGAGGUUUUAAAGAAAGCCACCAUCCGGAAAGAACAGGAGCCCGACUUUGAGGAGAAGAGGUUCACGGUGACCAUCGGUGAGGACGAGCGGGAGUUUGACAAAGAGAACGAGGCUUUCCGGGACUGGAACUACCGGAUCACGAGGGAUGUCCGGGACACAGCACUUGAGCCUUAUGCUGACCCCUACUAUGACUAUGAAAUAGAGCGGUUCUGGCGUGGGGGCCAGUACGAGAACUUCAGGGUGCAGUACACGGAAGCAGAGCCGUACCAUAACUACCGAGAGCGGGAGCGCGAGCGUGAGCGUGAGAACAGACAGCGGGAGCGCGAGCGGGAGCGUGAGCGAGACCGUGAGCGGGAGCGCCGGCAGCGAGAGCGUGAGCGGGAGCGCGAGCAGCGUGAGCGGGAGCGCGAGCGCGAUAAGGAGCGGCAGCGCAGGAAGGAGGAGUGGGAGCGGGAGCGCGCCAAGCGGGACGAGAAGGACCGGCUGCACCGGGAGCGCGACCGUGAGAAGGAGCGCGAGAAGGAGAAGGAGAAGCCAAAGCCCCGGUCCCCACAGCCACCGAGCCGGCAAGCUGAGCCCCCAAAGAAGGAGGCUACUGCCGCAGGCCCACAGGUAAAGCGGGCAGAUGAGUGGAAGGACCCUUGGCGCCGAUCCAAGUCUCCCAAGAAGAAACUUGGAGUGUCAGUCUCCCCGAGCCGGGCACGAAGGCGUCGAAAAACUUCGGCCUCAUCAGCCUCCGCCUCCAACUCCUCCAGGUCGUCCUCGCGGUCCUCUUCCUACUCGGGCUCCGGCUCCUCCCGGUCCCGGUCCCGGUCGUCAUCUUACAGCUCCUACUCCAGCCGCUCGUCCCGACACAGCUCCUUCUCAGGCAGCAGAUCCAGGUCUCGGUCCUUCUCCUCGUCCCCAUCACCGUCACCAACGCCUUCCCCACACCGACCCACCGUCAGAACCAAGGGGGAGACAGCCCCACCACCCGGUAAAACAGGGGAGAAGACGGUGAAGAAGCCAGCCCCGCCGCCUGUCCCGCCUCAGCCCACCAAGGCCACUGCUCCUGCGCCCGAGCUCACCAAGCCGGGGGACCCUCGGGAAGCGAGGAGGAAGGAGCGGCAGGCCAGGACCCCCCCCAGAAGGCGGACGGUCAGCGGCAGUGGCAGCGGCAGCGGCAGCAGCUACAGCGGCUCCAGCUCCAGAUCCAGGUCCCUGAGCGUGAGCAGCGUCUCCUCCGUGUCCAGCGUCACGUCUAGCAGCAGCUCUGUGCACAGCGUGGACUCGGAAGACAUGUACGCCGACCUGGCCAGCCCCGUCUCCUCGGCCAGCUCACGCUCCCCCACCCCUGCCCAGACGAAGAAGGAGAAAGGAAAACCCAAAAAGGACGACAGUGCUAGAGAGGAGAAGCGGAAGAGAGACUUGUCCGCCCAGACCGCCAAGGCCACCAAGCCCUCGGCAGGCAGACAGUCACAGCAGCCCUCCACCCCUCAGCAGGCACCGCCUGGGCAGCCCCCUCAGGCCUCAUUCAUCACCCACAAGGAGAUCAAGCUGACGCUACUCAACAAGGCAACUGAUAAAGCCAGCAGGAAGCGCUACGACCCGUCGGACAAAGACAGGCAGAGUCCACCAGCCAAGCGGGCCAACCUGUCCCCAGACCGAGGUUCCCGGGACCGGAAGUCAGGGGGCAGGCUCAGCUCCCCGAAGCCCGAGCGGCAGAGAAGUCAGAACCCCAAAGCCCCUGCCACACAGCCCGACAGGAAGCGCCAGCUGUCACCCCAGUCCCGGGGCUCCAGCAGAGUCACCAGUGUGCCUGGCAAGGCUGCGGACGCCAGCGCAGCCAGCGCCACCCCCAGCACCAAGGCCGGGAAGGCCAGCACCCUGUCGAGGCGCGAGGAGCUCCUGAAGCAGCUCAAGGCUGUGGAGGACGCCAUCGCCCGCAAGCGGGCCAAGAUCCCCGGCAAGGUGUAG